AUGCCUGAUUCUGUGGAGCAGGGAGUUAAUAAACUGAGGGACGCAGAAAGAAGACUUGUUCCAGCUCCCGAUUACAAUUCAGCUAGAAGCUCAAGAUCGAAGAUCCAAAGUGUUCCUAGAAUUCUCCGAAGUCACAGAAGUUUGGAUAAAUACUUUGAGCCAAGAGUACUAGCAAUGGGUCCUAUCCAUCAUGAUAAGUGCAUUGAAGCAGAGAAACUCAAAUACACAUUGGCAGCAGACUUUAUCAAGGAUUCCGGCUGCACCCACUACCAGUUGUACGAGCAGAUUCUGGACCGCAUCGCUGAAAUAAAGGACUGCUACGAUAACGAAGCAACAAAGUGCUACGAUGAUGAUGAGACACUCGCCUGGAUGUUGUUCAUAGAUGGAUGUUCAACCUUGCAAUUCAUGCACAAAAUUGAUCGUUUGGAAGAGUUUGGGAUGAACAGAACCCAAGCUGUCUUUGCACGGCUCGACUUGUUCCUGCUAGAGAACCAACUCCCUUAUCAAGUCCUCGAGCUGUUGAUGAGCUCAACCACAAAAAGAGAGGAGCUGUUCAGCAGUAUACAGAGUUUUGUUGGAAUGCAGAUUAUUGCAGCAGAAAAGCCACUGGAGUACAGUCGAGAAAGGGAGAAGCAAGAGAUGCUAUUGAAGAUUCGAGCUCAUGAGCAAGCCAUCAGGGCAGCCUAUUUAUUUAAAGAAGCCGCUGGUCAUCCUUCUGAUUAUCUUCGGCCCACUCAUCAUCUUCCUGAUUAUGGUCACCCCACUUAUCAUCUUCUUGAUUUUCUUCGGGAAAGAAUGCUAGGUCCAUCACCAGAGGUUCCCAAAGAUGAUCAUCGCAAAGAAGACAAUUCACCAUCUUUUCGCAAUGCACAGGAGCUUAAGGCAGCGGGGGUUCAUUUUAGGCGCAGCAAAACUAGCUCCUUGUGGGACAUAUCUUUUACUUCUCUAGGCUUUGUUGGAUUUCUUAAUCUUCCUCCAAUAAACGAAGAAGAAAUGCCUUUGUUCUUGAAUUUGAUAGCCUACGAAAUGUGUCCUGAUUUCCUAAAUAAUUUUGGUGUCACCUCUUACUUCAGCUUCCUCAGUUCACUCAUUGCUCAUCCCAACGAUGCUAAGCAGCUGCGGUCAGCCCGCAUACUUUGCAACUUGCGUGGGAGCGACCAAGCCCUCGCCGGCCUCUUUCACGAGAUAGGCCCUGAUUUGGUGCUUGCCCAUCCCAAGUACAACUUUAUCAAUGCCAAAUUAGAAAAACACUACAAGACCAAGUGGAAGGCAUGGUUCGCUCAAUUUUUCGAAGAUCAUUUCAGUAGCCCCUUGGUCAUGCUUGCUUUCAUUGGAGCUCUAACAGCGCUUGUCUUAAGCGGCAUCCAGACUUGGUACACAGUCCUCAGUUUUUAUCAGAAAUAG